GCGGGGGGCCAGACGGUUUGCUGAGGAAAGCGUAAUUAACAAACAGGGGUUUCGUUAAAAGUGAGAAUGUUUAAUUGAAACUGCACGGGAGAGGAUUCCGAUAUCCCCGGACGCGAUCCGCGUUACACCUCGAGUCCGCCGGUUGCCGUCGAAUUUACCCGGCGUUUUUGAUUGUUCCUGGGAAGGGACUUUGCGGCCUAGUGCAACCCGCGGGAGAAGAGGCACCCUGCCCGGCGAGGGAUCUAGUCGAGAGGCGGUGAAUGUUACAGGUGCCGGCGCUGUGAGCCCAUGACGGCGGGAGGCCCGGCCCUGAGCUAUGGACAUGGCGGUCGGGAACAGAAGCCACAAUGCGUCCUCUUGCGCUCAGGCACCUGAGUCGACCAGCAGCACGGAGUCAAUGUCGGAGAAGCCGUCGGCCGCCUCGCAGAUGUCGAAGAGCUACGACGCGGUGGUGUUCGACGUGCUCAAGGUCACGCCCGAGGAGUUCGCGAGUCAGAUAACGUUGAUGGAUUGCCCGGUCUUCAAAGCCAUUCAACCAGAGGAGCUGUCGAGCUGCGGGUGGAACAGGAAAGAGAAGCACAGCCUCGCACCCAACGUCGUCGCCUUCACUCGCAGAUUCAACCACGUGAGCUUCUGGGUGGUGCGUGAAAUCUUGAAGGCUCGCACUCUCAAGAUCCGGGCGGAAAUCUUAUGCCAUUUCAUCAAAAUCGCCAAGAAGCUUCACGAGCUCAAGAAUCUGCACGCUCUCAUCGCCGUGCUCUCAGCCCUGCAGAGCGCCCCCAUCUUCCGUCUCGCCAAGACCUGGGGGCUGCUGAGCCGCAAGGACAAGGCGUCGUUCGACAAGCUGGACUACCUCAUGUCCAAGGAGGACAACUACAAGCGCAUCCGGGAGUACGUGCACAGCAUCCGCAUGAUGCCCUGCAUCCCGUACCUCGGUAAGCCCCCGGGGCCCCAUCGGCCGGCGACGUGGCGGUCCAGCAGCAGUGGAGGGUCGGUGGAUCGCCGUAUAAAUCGUCUGCGCGUGAACUAG